AUGGACCUCUUCAGGGCGUGCUCCCGGGCUGAUGAUGGCCCCAUCAACCCCCAGGAUCCCAAGUAUCAGGCGGACGAGAAGUUCAAGCCUGACAAGGAGUCCGCUUGGGAGCAGAGGCCAGUGCACCGGGACAGCUGGACGCUGUCUCACAAUGCCAUCCGAGGAGAGAUGAAGGAACUCCACGGGGCGCUAAAGGCGGCCGCUGGCCGCGGGGGGCUGCAGCCCUGGGAGACCAAGGCACUGAAGGACGCGUUUGCGGAGCACUCGGCCCAUGUCAAGGCCCACUUCGCCAACGGGGAGGAUGUGCUGAAGCCAUUCCUUGCUCCACGCAUCAAGCUGGACCCAAAGCUGAGCAGCAAAAGUGGGAAGAGCUUGGAGUGUUUGGCCAAGCUGGACGAGCAAGUGGGCGCUCUCAGUGGAAAUGCGGAGGAGGUGUUAAAAUCCUUCGAGCCCUACAUGACUGACAUGCUCGACUACCUUGGGGCCGAGGAGGGUUCUUCGUUGCUGCUCAUGCGGGCCUACUUCACGCCAGAUGAGGUCAUGCCAAUUGUUCAGAAGUUGGCGGCUCAAUCUCCGGGCGCAGCCAUCGGAAGCAUGGUGUACUAUGCAGGCGACGACACCUUUUCAGAGUACAUGACACAGGAGAGCAUUGGAAACUUCGGGUGGUACUUCAAUUACAAGGGCCAGAGGGAUAGCUUCAAGAAGUCCUUCGUCCAAAACCUGGAGAGCGUGUCGGCGGGCAAGAUGCCUAGCAGCUGCUCCAUGUUUGGCUGCUGA